UCGUCCUUUGUGUUUUAGAACGACACGAUGCAAGUGGUUUGGCAAUAUCAUGUCGAGGAGCCGGUAUCGGCGGCUGGUAUCUUGCCCGAUCAUGGGGCAGUACGAGGAUCGAGACCGUUAUACCUGGUGCAAAGAGACGCGCAGCCCAGACGAAACUCACGUAAUCAGGAAGCGGAGCCGCCUUUGAAGAUCUGGGACAUCUUGAACAAGCAGGUUCGUUUACCCAUGGGGCAAGACACGCUGCUCUGGUGCCGUGUCCUGAGGAUGCCGAACAUUAAUCAGAAACACCACGUCGUGAAGUACGAACCAGUUAUUCAGCCGGGAAGUCACGAAUACCUUCACCAUAUGACCCUGUACGAGUGCCGCGGAGAUCAAGCCGAAUUGGAAUCCGCGGCCGAAAAGAUCGGGAGUGUCUGUUACGUUCCUGAUAAACCCACAUUCCAAUGCAACACGAUCGCGGCCACUUGGAGUCUCGGUUCUGAGGGUUUUAAUUAUCCGCCGGAGGCCGGAUACGCGCUCAAUCCGUACGCGGGGCCGCGCUACUACAUGCUGGAGACCCACUACACGAACCCGCAGCUGGACGCCUUCAUCAGCGACAGCAGCGGUCUGCGUCUUCUCUACACCAAUCGACUGCGCGGCCAUGAUGCUGGUAUUCUCAGCGUUGGCAUCGACCCGAACUGGCGGCACAUAAUACCGCCCGGUCAGCCCGAGGUGGUCUCCGAGGGCCACUGCAUCGCCGAUUGCACCGGCCAGACGAUACCAAACAGCGGCAUUAACAUGUUCGCCGUGAUCAUGCAUACCCACCAGCUCGGCAGGAAGGUCCGCCUGCGGCAGAUCCGCGCCGGCGAGGAGCUGCCGCCGAUCGCCGCUGACACCAACUACGAUCCCAAUUAUCAGGAGUAUCGGAGGCUUCAAAGGCCAGUCAAGGUGUACCCGAGUGAUCACUUGGUCGCCGAAUGCACGUAUUCGUCCGAAUCUCGGACGGCCAUUACGCUCGGCGGCUUGGGAACGAGAGAAGAAACUUGUUUAGUGUCCGUUCUCUAUUAUCCUCGCAUUGAAUUAUCUCUCUGUUAUUCUUUACCCUCUCUACCGACAGUGCUGCACAGCUUGGGAAUCCAGAAAUUAAAACAGGGUUCCAGUCCAGUGACGAUUCAGGAGCCACAGAAGCUGGCGGGCAUGACGCUCGAGGAACGGUUAGUCAGCUAUAACUGGGAGUCGAACUUUCAGAGUUUCCAGGAGGCCACUCGUAGCGGCACGUUUAAGCCGCUAUGUGGUAGCAGUAAGGGUGCCCUGCCCGGCACGGAAAAUCUCGAGGUGCAUUAUCCACGCAUCCUUAGGCCGUACGAGGAGGUGAGCGUGCCCUGCGCGAAGAAACCGCUGCGGAACAAAUUGUCGAUGCUGCUGAGCGAGGACGGUGACAUCGGCGCGCCGGUCGAUCCUGACAGCGACGAGUCGAACGCGGUCGAGCGAGGUCAGCUGGUGCGCAGCAAAGUGUCUCGCAGCAGCGACGCGGGGCUCACGGCCGGUAGCUCUUGCGGCCGUACGGUAUCCGCGGCAGUGAUCCUGGCCGCCGUUACCGUCAUCGCGGGCGCCGCGUUCAGGUGAACGUCGCCGCCGGACGAGCGGUCGUUCGAGUUCCACUCGGAUCCAAAAUCGCCCUAGUGAUUGUUCGCCGCGAUCGAACCGCGGACCGAGAAACAAUAGCAGCAGACGCAGCAGCCGGAACAUGCGUAUGUUUGCGUAAGUACAUGCCAAUCUCAGCGACGCAACACUUAGGGUUAGAUAAAUGUUAUCGUUUCUCCAAUCGGAGCGCAUUCCGGAUUUCUCCCGGGAUGCGCUCCGAUGCGCUUCUCUGACCCGAUCGGGGGAUUUCUUUUUUUCUUUUCGGGGCCGGAUGGCUUUUCCCGCAAAGCUAAGCGGCUGGUGCAAUUUUCGUCGUAUGCCAUGUUUCACAUUGACAGAUAAUAGAAAUUAAAAAAAAAAAACUCUGAUAGUGAAUAGUAAAAUAUUUAAGAUGAUGCUAUAUUAAAUAGAAAUUUAUUUGAUGAGGUACGUUUACUUUUGAAAUGGUAACGUUCUCAAAAAACAAAAAAAAGUUUCUCGAGUUUCCUAAAUUGAUUAUAUUAUUAAUGACAUAUAUACAACUAAUUUUCAUCCGCAUCUCAUUCAUUAAAUUUGUAAUUUUUAAAAAUUCUUGAAAAAAGCAACUCGUAAAGGUUGAAGCGACGUGUACGACGAAGAAUUCGCCAGCUUUUAG